GCCUGCAUCCCAAGGGUUCGGAAGGGAUUCCCCCCCCUACAGCAUCCAUCACCGUGCUCCUGUGCCCUCCUCAUGGGCUGGCUCGCUGCCCUGGCCCUGCUGUCGACCCUGGUGCUGUGCCGUGGCCUGCGCCGCCCCCUGCCCCAUCCGCAUGUGCAGUGCUACAGCGCUGGGGAGCUGCGCGACGGCGAAGCCCCCGCUCCCCUGUUGGGCCGCAGCCUGCGCUGGGACCAUUACGUACCGGUGCAACUGGUGCCGCAGCUCGAACGCCUGCAGGACAGCCCCGGCCACCGCCGGCACCGCCGGCACCACGAGCACGCCUGCCCCGCGCUGCAGCUGCGCACCGGGCUGCACAGCGAGCCCCACGAGCGCUCCAUCUCCCCGUGGCGAUACCGCAUCGAUGAGGAUGAGGACCGCUACCCGCGCAAGCUGGCCUUCGCCGAGUGCCUCUGCAGCGGCUGCGUGGAUGUUAAGACGGGCCGGGAGACGACGUCGCUCAACUCGGUGGCCAUCUACCAGACCAUGAUGGUGCUGCGCCGCAAGCCCUGCCCGCGCCCCGCCGGACCCGGCCUCGUCACCUUCGAGGUGGACUACAUCAAGGUGCCGGUGGGCUGCACGUGCGUCCUACCCCGCACCGGGCGCUGAGCAUCCUGCCCCUGCAGCUCCCGUGGAGCCCCAUAGCGUGACCGUGUCACCGCGUCCACCCCGACCCGUGCUUGUUUUAGAGCACCCAUCCCCGGCCCCGGUUUUGGGGUGACACCCCCCCUCCCCAACUCCUCACCUGGUUAUUUAUGUUAUUUAUGAGCCUUGCUGCUGGGGGACCCUUUUUAACCCGUUAUUUAUUGCUGAUCCCCCCACCAAGGCUGCGACUCUGGGGCCAGCAUCAUGCCAAUGGUGCCCAUGGCCCUGCAGCCGGACCCUGCGAGCGCUGCCCGGAGGCUCGCUGGUUAUUUAUUCCCCCCCUCCCAAAACCUAUUUAUUGUCUCCUCUGUAUGUGCUAUUUAAUACUGGCAGCCUGCAAAUAAAGGCCGACACUCCCCCA